AUGUCCGAAGUUGAAACUCCCGUCGCGGCUCCUGCUGCCGCCGCGAAGGCUCCAAAAGCUAAGGCACCUAAAGCUACCAAGCCAAAGGCUCCGAAAGCCCCUGCUGCGCAUCCUGCCUUCAAGGAGAUGGUGUCCGCUGCCAUUGGUGCGUUGAAGGAGAGAAACGGUUCCAGCCGAGCUGCAGUCCUCAAGUACAUCAUGGCCAACUACAAGGUUGACUCCAAUGACAAGGCCAAGGGAACUGGAGCUGCUGGGUCGUUCAAGUUGGCUGAGAAGCCCAAGGCAACCAAGCCGAAGGUUGUCAAAGCAGAGAAGCCCAAGAAGGUGAAGACCCCAAAGAAGGCUGCAGUGAAGAAGCCGAAGGUUGUCAAAGCAGAGAAGCCCAAGAAGGUGAAGACCCCAAAGAAGGCUGCAGUGAAGAAGGUGACGAAGGCAGUGUCAGCAAAGAAGCCGAAGGCAGCUAAACCCGCCGUGGCAAAGAAGGCGAAGUCCCCAGCAAAGGCGAAACUUGCCGCAGCAAAGAAGCCAAAGGCUGCCAAGAAGCCUGCUGCCGCCGCCAAGAAACCUGCCUCAGCCAAGAAGCCCAAGGCAGCCCCGAAGAAGUCAUCGCCCAAGAAGGCUGCAGCAAAGAAGUGA